CGUGUUAUCGCUUACAGAAUAAAUUAUUUAUAAAAAAAAAUAAUAAUAUAAUAUAGUGGCAUACGAAUUAGUCAAUUCUUAUUACGCAAAUAAUCAUGGCUUCGAAAACGGUCGAAAACAAAAGCAAACGAAAAAAUGUCGAAAUAUGCCGCCUUUGUAUGAGCACAGAAUCGCUGGAAGAUGUGUUCGAGGUGGAAGACCUUCGACAAUGGAUAUCGGAUUAUUUAUCAAUUCUGGUGUCCUUCGGGGAUAACAUGAGUCAUGUAAUCUGCACCAUCUGUCGGAUACGGUUGGCCGAAUUCCACCAGUUUCGGAUGCGCUGCGAGGAAGUGCAAACCACAUUGUUGUCCAUGGGUCAGGCUGAAGAAGUAGAGGAAGAAGAAGAACAAGAGGAAGUUGCGGAGACUCCCAAAGUGGCGUAUCGCCCUCGCUCUGGCGCAAGUAUCCGCCAACCCGAUCCCAUCAAAGGGGUGCUAGAAGUGGGUGACCAAUAUCAUUGUGAAACAUGCGGGAAGGUGUUCGACGAAAGGCGACCGAUAAUGGAUCACAUAAGGAUCCAUGGCCCGAAGAAGUACGUGUGUAUGCAUUGCGGAAAAGCCUAUCCGAUACGUCGCUAUUUGAAUCUUCACUUGAGGUGUCAUAGGGUUGGGAGACAGAAAAGGCUUGAACAAGAGUUUAUCGAGAACAAUCAACACCUGUGUCAGUCUGUCAAAGUGGAGCCAGAUGAAGAAAUUGCUUCAACUUCUGAGUCACAACGCUCGGUAGAUCCAUUAGAACGGGAAACUAUCUGCGAAGAACGUUCGUCGCAGUUCAAAGAUGAAAAGGAAGGAUCAGUAAACAACACAGAAGAAGCAAACAGUGAAUCCGCAGUUGACAGGAUUGAGAUUGGACAUGUAAAAAUUGAAAAACCUUCUGACGACGACGAUACGGAAACGAAGAGUACAGCGUCGAAAACUGAUGAAAUUGAACCAUGUGCUGAUCAACGCGAUCUACACUCCGAAUUCCACGUAAAAAAUGAGGAAAUUACGUUGGACAGUAGCAAAGAUUGGAUAAAAACUGAAGUGGAAGAAAUGGAUGAUGAUUCAAAGGAUGAUGCAAACGAUAUCAUCUCUGAUAAAGACUCGAGUUUGCAACCUAAUAACGCCGACUCACAUCUUAGCACCCAACAAGAAAACAAAAUGGAGAACACGCUAAAGGAACAACAACAUCCUUGCGAUCAGUGCAGCAGAGUGUAUUCGACAAAGCAAAAACUAAGGGACCACUUGAGGCUGGUACAUGGAGAGAAGAAACACGUAUGCCCCGUUUGUGGCAAGGGAUACGUCUUAGCAAGCCAGUUACGCCUCCAUGUAGUAACGCACAGUAAGGCGACACCGUUCAAGUGCAACAUGUGUGAAAUGAGUUUCAAACAUGGACAAACUUUGUCGCGUCACAAAAGUACUCAACACAGUUCGAAACAAAACUUUUGCAUAGACUGCGGACUACAGUUUGCAAUGAGACGUCAGUUAGACAGGCAUUUUCGUACCAGGUAUCACCGAAUGACUGUAGCAAUGAAACAAAGUAUCAAAAAGGAAACGGCGGUUGAUAAAUCCUGUUCAAACAGUUCUAUUGGUAACAAUCACUAUCGAUCGUAUCAAGGGACUAACGUUGACCAAUUUCUAACAGGUGAAGGUGUAUACCAGUGCGACGAGUGCCCGAAAAAGUGUUUGGAAAAACAGCAAAUAAAGGAUCACAAAAGGCUGGUACACGGAGAGAGGAAACUCGCGUGCCCUGUGUGUGGCAAGAGAUUUGUCAUACCAAGCCAAUUGCAGAACCAUGUACGUAUGCACAAUAGGAAGUACAGGUGCGAUAUGUGUACAAAAAGCUUCCAUGAGGAAUGCAGCUUAUGGUCCCACCGAAGACUUCAACAUAACAUUAAGGAGGUUUCGAUUGGAGCAACUGAAGAAAAUGGUUAACAAACAGGAUUUAUGUAUUGGUAGCUAAGUCACAAAGAAACUGGAAUACUAAUGGCGUUAUAGUCAAUAAACUGAAUUUAUUUGAAACCUAA